UUGACUCAUUUAGAGAAGACUCAACGUGCUCAGUUGGUCAUUCGGGAUGCUUUGGCGAGACCUGAAGGCGUGGCAGGUCUACGGUGCCAACACCGACGUCGGCAAGACCAUCAUCUCGACAGUCUUGUGUCGAGCUUUACAACGCCGAGCAUCGCCGAAUGGUUUGCUCUAUCUCAAGCCCGUCUCCACUGGCCCUCAGGCCGAGGCUGAUGACAGACAUAUCAGACAUUUUGUACCUGGAAUAGUGUCGAAAUGUAUUUCUCAAUUCUCCAAGCCUCUGAGUCCGCAUAUCGCCGCUCAAUUGGAUGGGGGUAGCUCGAUACCAACGUCUGACCGGCAGAUUGUCAAGCAAGUGAAGAGCCUGCUGUCCCAACACAGUCAAGCUGGAGGACGAUAUGUCGUUGUCGAAACAGCUGGAGGGGUCCUCUCCCCUGGUCCCUCGGGCUCAGUGCAAGCAGACCUGUAUCGACCACUUCGGCUACCGACGCUUCUAAUCGGAGACAGCAAGCUGGGAGGGAUAGGCACCACCAUUUCCGCCUUCGAGUCCCUGCACGUUCGAGGCUAUGAUCUCGACUCGCUGAUUCUGUUCGACGACCCGACGUGGGGCAACUAUGGCUACCUUGAGAGGCACUUUUCGAAACAUGGCAUUCCCACCGUCGCCCUUCCAUUGCCACCAGCUCGACGACCCGAUCCCAAGGACGACGAGGCGGUCCUGUCAGACUACUACCAAGAGUGCUCCGAGUCAUCGACCGUCAACAACCUGAUCAACGACCUCCACCAGAAGCACUUUUCUCGCAUCUCCAAGCUGACGUCCAUGCCCGCCCAAGCCGAGGCGGUCAUCUGGCACCCCUUCCGCCAGCACAGCAUCCCUCACAACAUCAUCGCCAUCGACUCCGCAUACGGCGACCACUUCCAAGCCUACAACGCGGAAUCAGACUCGGCACUGACGACCACCCCAGCCGGUCCGACCAAAGGGCUGACACCCCUGGCCACUCAGGCACCGGCCGAUCCCCUCUUGACUCCUCUGUUCGACGCCUCGGCAUCGUGGUGGACACAGGGCCUCGGCCACGGCAACCCGGACAUCUCCCUGGCGGCCGCCCACGCAGCGGGACGGUACGGACACGUCAUGUUCGCGCACGCCGUCCACGAGCCGGGUCUCGACAUAUCCUACAACCUCCUCUCGACGUUGCAGAACCCGCGCCUCUCGCGCGUCUUCUUCACCGACAACGGCAGCACCGGCAUGGAAGUUGCCGUCAAGAUGGCCCUGCGUGCCUCGAGUCAACGCUACGGCUGGUCCAAAGAUGACGGCACCGGCGGCGAAUCCCCCGUCGCCAUCCUCGGUCUGCAGGGGAGCUACCACGGCGACACGAUCGGGGUCAUGAACUGCUCCGAGCCAAAUGUGUACAACGAGAAGGUCGACUGGCACCAGCCCUGGGGACACUGGUUCGAGCCCCCGUCGCUUCUCAUGCGCAAGGGCAGAUGGGAACUCACGAUCCCCGAAGAGAUGGCACCUGGCCAGACGGUCCAAGACUUUGACAGCCUCACGUCCAUUUUUGAUUUCGAGUCUCGCGGGGCCGACGCGACCCGGUACGAACAGCACAUCAAGUCCGUCUUGACGAAACUGGUCAAGGAGCAAGGCAAACGCUUCGGCGCGCUCAUCAUGGAACCACUCCUGAUGGGCGCGGGGGGCAUGAUCUUCGUCGACCCCUUGUUCCAACGUACCCUUAUCACCACGAUCCGAUCGAACCCUGACCUCAUUGGCACCCCUGUAUCUUCGUCGUCAUCGUCGUCGUCGUCAGACGACCGUACAGACUGGUCCGGUCUACCCUUGAUCGCCGAUGAGGUCUUCACGGGUCUUUAUCGUCUCGGUCGACCCAGUUCCUCAACCUUCUUGUCCUCCCCGUCUGCGUCUGCCCCUGUGUCUGCGUCCACAUCGUACACGACCCUCGCCCCCGACAUCUCGGUCCACGCCAAACUCCUGACCGCCGGACUCCUUCCCCUCGCGCUGACGACGGCCAGCGAAUCCAUCUUCCGCACGUUCUUAUCCGACUCCAAGACCGAUGCCCUCCUGCACGGCCACUCUUACACCGCGCACCCGAUAGGCUGCAUGGUCGCGAACAAGGCCCUCGCCGAGUACAACAGACUGGACACCGACGGCUCGUGGGACGAGUUCAAACGGCCAUGGUCGAGCUCCUCGCCAUCACAGUCGUCCAGCAGUAGCCCCCAACCUGCCGCCGCCUCAGCCUCAACCUCGGCCCCUUCGAAUCCUCUGCCUGGAUACCCUGUUUAUUCAUUCUUUCCUCCCACCCUCCUGGACACGCUGUCCCAUCACCCCAAAUUGGCAGGCUGUUUCGCACUCGGGACUGUUCUCGUGCUUAAACUGGCAUCUGAAGGGUCUGGUUAUAAUUCAACCGCCACAGCGUCAUUGCAAUCCCGAUUACUUACCACCCUGGACGAAGAUGGAUGUGGUAUACACUCUCGUGUCCUGGGAAAUGUCAUAUAUUUUAUGACGAGUUUGACCACAACGUCUGACCAGGUCGAGAGACUGGGUCGAACUAUCUUGCAGGCUUUGGAACAUGAAUAGACAACUGGGCUUCUCCAUUCAGAUCCUGUUCUUUGCACUAAAUGAUUGAAAAUCAAAGGCUUCGUCAUUGUGAUACACGUCUGGUCUGUCACUCAACCUGAAACAGGACCAUCAUCUCAACGAGGGAGCACCUUUGCGGCUGGAGAAAUCUUGCUCUAUCGACACUAUUAAUCCAUCCUGUGAUUGG